UCACGCACCGCUGCCUCCGUCGUCGGUCAGUGUUGUGAAGGAGGUCGUUGUGGAGACGCAGCCGGCCGCCAUAGAGACGCAGCGAUCAGUGUCCAUCAUUGGGUUGCAGCAGUUGUCCAUCACGGCCGAAACACAACGGCCAACUAUCACUAUCGAGGCAACGAAGCCACAAACCCCAACCGCGCCAGGCCAGCUCCCCACGGUCACCAGGGACCAGGUCAUGGCAGCUGCUGUAAGAUAUUUGAUUCUGCUACCGGAUCAAUGCUGACAUUUCUACAGGCAAGAAAAGAAUCGGGUGAUAGUAUCACGCCGGAGCAGGACCUUGAUGUCGUCGCCAAAGAGGGUGCUAUUCCUGAGCAACCGCCCAAAGUCAAGCGGAAACCAUCCAUAAGGAGGGCCUUGGGACGUGCAGGAAGCAAGGUGUCAAACGCGUUCCUGGCAGCGCUGCGCACUGGUGCAGACGAGCCACCUGAAGAACCUGCACCCCUAGACAAGAUCAAGAUCGAGUGGGAAGCGUUUAAUUUCGAGCGUGAGCAGCAGGAGAAAGCAAUGGGGGGUGCCUUUGAUUCCUUCCAAGAUAUGAUCGAAGAAGCCAUGGACUCGAAGUACAAGGAACUCAAGGGUGAAGGCAAGUUCCUCAUCUAUGAAGAUGCAAUCGAGUUGCCAGUCGAACCGCCAGUCGAAUUGCCAGUGGUACCGAAUGAGGAUGAGAGUGCCUGGGUGAUACAUACGAAGAAGGAAGAGGAGAUCAUCGAGUUUUGUGAUCCCUACACUGGCAGUGUCCAGCGACCAUGCUCACCGUCCGAGUCUCCACACGUCAGUGGUGACUACCUGGCUUGCCAUCCCCCAAAGCCUCGCACCUACCCUCCGGGGCCACACAGUACCGCAGAGGUGGCACGAUCUGAGAAGCCAAAGGUUGUCGUGGAUGAGCAGCACGACUCGACACCGAGUCCCUCGGACGACUCCCAACCCGUGCAGUUGGAAGCAGAAGUAGACGAUGAGCGUCCAAAGACACGCAUGGCUCCUAAGCAGGGAGAGUCCAGGCUUCCGAGGCCUACAUCCAGAGCUCGUGGUAGUCCAGCCUCGGGUCGCAGAGAGUCCAGUGUGCAGCCAAACGCUGCGCAACCAGCGGAUGCGUCUAAAUCUCGGGCACCAUCUAAGAGCCGUAAAGACUCGGUUCAACCAGGGGCGUCCCUGUCCGUGCAGGCAAAGGACAGGUAUCCGCAAUAUCGACACAUGAGCAGCAAGAAAUGAGCCCAUCGACCGGGGAUCUAACUGGAAACCGACAACCAGGUCCAGAGGAUGUGAUCCAGGAACGCAUACAGCCGCAUCGAAUCAAGGCUGCUCUAUUGACCCCUCUGUUUCGUA